GAAGAAAUAAGUCACUCUGACUAAGUGACUACCUUCCAAAGAGAAGCACAAGACUGAGUGCUAACACUCUUCCUUCCCCCCAAACAGGAGAAAAGUCCAAAUUUCUUUUUCUCCAUGCAAGGGUACUCAGAGUUUUACUUCAAUGUGGACCAUGGGUACCUGGAAGGACUGGUCCGAGGUUUUAAAGCUGGGAUCUUGAGAAAUGCAGACUAUGUCAACUUAGCACAAUGUGAAACACUGGAAGACUUGAAGUUACAUCUACAAACCACAGAUUAUGGAAACUUCUUAGCCAAUGAAACUGGCCCUCUCACAGUUUCCACCAUUGAUGACAAAUUGAAAGACAAACUACUCACAGAAUUUCAUUACUUUAGAAAUCAUGCUUUUGAGCCACUUGCCACAUUUUUAAACUUUAUCACGUACAGCUAUAUGAUUGACAAUGUGAUUCUCUUGAUAACUGGUACACUGCAUCAACGUCCAAUAGCUGAACUUGUUCCGAAGUGCCAUCCAUUGGGCAGUUUUGAGCAAAUGGAAGCAGUCAGCAUUGCCCAAACACCUUCAGAGCUUUUCAAUGCUAUUUUGGUUGACACGCCAUUGGCUGAUUUCUUUCAAGACUGCUUGUCUGAGAAUGACCUGGAUGAAAUGAACAUUGAAAUAAUGCGUAACAAACUGUACAAGUCUUAUCUGGAAGCUUUUUUUAAGUUCUGUGAAAAGCAAGGAGGUACAACAGCAGAAAUAAUGUGUCCUAUUCUUGAGUUUGAAGCAGACAGACGUGCCUUUAUCAUCACCAUUAAUUCAUUUGGCACUGAGCUGAGUAAAGAUGACAGAGAGAAACUAUAUCCAACUUGUGGAAAGUUGUAUCCAGAAGGCAUACACCUGCUGGCCAAUGCAGAUGACUAUGAGCAAGUGAAGUGUGUGGCAGAUUACUAUGCAAGACAUAUUAUGAGAUUCCACCAAGAUGGCUUUACUUAUUCCUCUCAGGCCGCAUCCAGAGUGGUACGAUGGACAUGUGCUACAUACUUUUCGCUGUGCAGACUUACAAAGAUCUAUACUCUCCAACACUGUUUAAUAUCAACAUUAGAGAUUCUCAGCUGGGAUUCCAGGAGAGACUUGUAAGGGUGCCAUGGGGUCCGAGGAGAUAAGCACUUGCUCUUCCCCAUACCCUCCUACCCUGGUCCCUGUGUGAGGAGGUAAGUACUAGCUUGUUCCUGUUGUCUCCCCAUUUGCACCUGGCCCCUGGGCACAGAAGAGAAAACACUGUAAUAAAUAACUUUGUUUUUAAAUGGGGUACUGUUAAAUUCAGAAAAAGUUAUGAACUGGUUCCUGGAGUCUACAGAAGUUGAGAACUACUGAUCUCUAUGUUGUCGCCAAAGGAGGGUAUGGAACAUAAAUGAACAUAUCAGCUAAUUCUCUAGCACCUUUAUGUUAGGCAUAAAGAGCAUCAGCUUUGAUCUAUUUAAAGGCCUGGCUCAGAUCAACCACUGAAAAUAUAGCAGACAGUUGAAGUUAAAUCAUGGCAGGAAAAAGGUGAUUUGACUGAGGAGAGGGGAGCACUUUGAACACUCAUUACCUCUGUGCUAUCACCCUCCAUUAAGACAUUUAUCUUCUGAGUAUUUAAAGAAGUUGAAGUCUUGAUAUUCUGCCUGGACUACUUCAAGAUUCUGGAUCACUGAAUAGUUCACCCCAAUCUUCGACCUAGGGUAUGGACAAACAUACACUUGGAAUGGCUUCAAAACGGGGAAGGAACUAUUGCUCAGGACUGUACAACAGCUGUUAUGCUCCAAGAAGUACUUGUGCAUGAGCUAUGCAAGCGUAGCAAAACUGUUCCAACUUUAACCCUGCUGCAUCCAGAGUCAAAGUUGGGGCAGUUGACCACACGGGUAUUGCUGCAGGAUAAUGCACAUGAAACGAUUGCAGCGUAGUUCUUCCUUCCCUUCUGAGGCUGCUCCAAGUGCAUGUUUGUCCAUACCCCUAGUCUUCCCUCUACGGCUAGGGACAGGAGUUACACAUAAACCAGCUUAAGUGAUCAGAAACUGGUUAAAACCUGUAGCAGAACAGAAAUUCAGUGCACAUAAACCGCUAUCAAA